AUGGAUUAAAAUUAUCAUUAAAUGCCAUCCAUACAAAAGUUUUAGAAAGAAAAAUUCAUAACUUUAUUGUUGUCAGAAAACUAUGAUGAGUAUCUUAAUGGCCUUGAAUAUUUUAAGUAAUUUUUGGAUUUACAAGAUUCAGAAUUAGAAUACUCAAUAAAAAUAAUCAUAAAGAAAUAAUUGAUUCCAAGAAUUUUAUUUAAUUUAGAAUGGUCAUGCUGCCUCUAUUAAAUGGAUGUUCUCAAGUAGAUAAAUUUUAUUUAAGAAAUGCUAAAGAAAUAUAAUUUCCAAAAUUCCUUCAUCAAAAAUGGCUUAAUGCAUACUCUCAUAAAAAUAAUUUAAUUAAAAAAUAAAAAUUAUGAUAACGUAAUUAUAAGGUUUCUUGUUAUGAUUCUACAUUCAAUUCAGAAUAAGUAUAAAUAGGAUAUUUAAAAUCAAAUAAUAAUCUUUGUUGGAGUUUAGAAAGUGAUGUAAAUGAUUGAAUAUUAACCUCACUAAACUAUUAAAAUUAAAUAAAUUGCUUUGCUCUGCAACUUGUAAGACUAGAAUUAUUUUAAGGAAAAAAAGAUUUUUAUAGAAGAACUUUGUUAAAUUUUACUAAAAGAACCAAAUUAAUCAGGGUAAUUUAUAGUAGCUGUAGAAUUAAUAUCUGACAUUAUUGUAUUUGAUAGGAUCAAACAAUUAAUAUUGGAAAAGAAUGUUCUGUAACCAAUGAUUGAGGCUAUUCCUAACUGGAUUUUAAAGUAUCGAUCUGUCUUAGACAGUAUUUUAAAGAUAUGCUUAGAAUUCAUUAUGUUCAAUAAUAUUGUUAAACAACUUAUUGUAACAAAAGGUUUGUUAAAACAUUUAGGGGCUCUGAUAUAAAGCUAAUUUUAUGGAGUAAGAUCUUAUUCCUAUUUGAUAGUCCAAUAAUUAGCUAAAGAUAAAAUAAUGGUUGAAAGAUUAUUUUUGAAUUCAAUAAUAGAUAUUUUGCUAGAAUAAUAUUUAAAAAAUUAAAAAUCUUUUGAGUUGAUUUCACUUUUAACAAUUAUAUUCGAAUAAAGUAUCAAUAUGUUUUCUAAAUAUUGCAAAAAUAGGUCAAAUGAAUUUAUAUAAGCAUUUCUAAGUACUUUUUUGAGCUUUUAAGAACUAGAAAUAUCUAAGAUUUAAUUUAAGUUAAUUAAAAUCCUUAAGGAUUAAGAAUUAUUUUAAUUUGAAAUAUAACAGUAUUUUCUUGAACACAAAGUUAUAAUAAAUGAAAGAAUGCGAUAAUUUAAUUUUUUUGAUAGUGAGCUGUAAAAAUUUAUAUGA